AUGGUGAGUUCACUAAUAAAUAGAGUUGUUGCUUGUUUUUUGUCUAGAGUUGUAAUAUGCUUGGGAUGAAUUUUAGCAAAGCGUGCAGUUAAAGAUCGUGAACAAAUAUCAGCUUUUGAGUGUGGUUUUGACCCUAUUAAGUCUGCUCGAUCUCCAUUUUCUCUUCGUUUUUUUUUAUUAGCUAUUAUUUUUUUAAUUUUUGAUGUUGAAAUCGUUCUGCUUUUUCCUGUUUUGUCUAGAAUUGGGUUUUCUUUCGAUUUAAUAGCUAAUUUAGGAAUUUAUAUUUUUUUAUUGGUACUAGUGGUUGGUUUGUUUUACGAGUGGAAAGAAGGAUCUUUAGAUUGAGCUCAAUAA